GAGAAAUAUCAACACAAAAUUUAUUCUUUAUUAACAUAAAAUCAAGUUAAUAGAUCUAAAGAGUCAAAUGAAGUAGGAUUUUAAUUAAAUUAAGAGAAACGGAAGUUACAAACAACAAGUAGAAAUAGAUAAUAAUAAUAAUAAUAAAAAUAAAGAAAAUCUUGCCUUUGAAAGAUUCAAGAAGUGAUUAUGAAAUAUGGCGGUCCUCUCGGAUGUGAAAUAAAUGAUAAAAUUACAAAUAAAACUGUACGAUUUGACGCUAUACCUCACGUAAGAAAUUUUCAUACAUUUGGACCUUUAAAGCGAGUUAGUGGUAAAUCUAAUCCACUUUAUAGCAUGAAUAUGGGAGUUAGAAACUUUGGAAAAUCUUUUAGGCAAUUUAAAAAUGUAUCUUAUGAAUUUCGUUCAGACGGUUUCGCCGAGGUUGAUAAACUUGAGGAGGUAGAAGAGCUAAUUCCAACAGUUUCCAAUUAUAAUAUAACAACUGGAGAACUAACAACAGUAACCGAUGCACCAAGAAAUGUAACUGUGCAAUGGAAUAUACGGGCAUUUAAUCGUCUUGAAAAGGAUUUGUUGUACCGCAUUCAUUCUUCACCAAAAUAUGUAUAUAAGGAGAAUGAAGCACUAGAUAUCAAUAACAUUCAAAUGGAUCAUGAUUAUCCAAUCUUGACAUGUAUUCUUGUUACUUGUUCUAUGAUAUUAUUUUCUUUUGUACUUUGUAAGCUGUUUGUCUUCAAAUGUGUUCGAGGAUUCCUAAGGAAUAUGUUUUUCAAGGAAUAUAAUUGACAAUGAUUUUUUUUUUUCAAAUAUCGCCAUUAAUUUGUUAGUUUAUUGAGUUAAUAUGUCUGUAAGUAGCAGAUAUAGUAGGGUAUAAUUGAUGUAAAAUUACAUGUUUUCUUUCUGAGAAAUGAGUUAUUUUCAGAUGAUUUAUUCGCUUUCAUUAGAAAAGUACAAUAUUGCGCUUUAAUUAGGCGUGUCAUGCUAAAUUAUAAUAUCUAUUACACCAUAUGUCAACGACUUAAGUAGACUUUUUAUAGCGUGUGAAUAAGGCAUUUUAUAA